UCCACGCGUCAUCGGCGACCACACGCGCUCAACGCCGGCGUCGAAGGUGAAGCGAAAUGGUUGGCUGAAGCCAUCGCCGGCAUCCAACACAACGCAUUCUACAUGCAUUGCGCUCUGGAUUCGAAUAAUUUAGGAGGAGAUGAGGAUGAGGGCAUUGGAAGCCAUGUUGCUGCUUUUGAUCUGGAUUUUCGCCAAUGUUUUGGGAUCCAAAUGCAUGGGGUUCAAUCUCAGUAUGGAUGUUUUCGUUGAUGGUUCGGCGAUCUGGCUCUCCAAUGGCAUCAACGCAGGUAACUUUGUAGGUUUUCUUAAUGUAUCAUCGUAUGAAAGGUUUGGGGAGGAUGAGGCUUGGUGGAAGAUUGUGGAGAUGUGGGUUUUGGUGAGAGGGACAGUCGUGAAGCCGAUGAUGAGAGUGGCGAUGGUGUUAUGUAUGGUAUGUCGUUGAUGUUGCUGGUGGAGUUUGUGUUCAUGGCUGUGGUGAGCCUUGGGGUGAAGAUUUUGAGGAACCCGGAGAUCAGGUACAAGUGGGAGGCCUUGACGGAGGAUCCGGAGAUUGGGACUUCCGUCUAUCCUAUAGUGCUUGUCCAGAACCCCAUAAUCAAUAAGAAAGAGGUGUAUAAGUUGUCAAUUGGAGCUGCUUGUGGAUUGGCAUGGCCGCCGGACAGGUUCAUAAUCCAAGUGCUGGGUGAUUCCACAGACACAAUUGUCAAGAUACCUCAUACAUGGUGUAUUGUUGUAGAAAUUUUACUGAAUUUAAGAGAGGGUGAAAAAUCCACCAAUACACUUGAGUGACUUUGCUAGUGUUGACUUUAUGAAAGAAGAAAUCAAUGAUAUUGUGACCUGU